GCGAACAGGUCCAGCCAGCAUUCCUGGUCCCUCCAGAGCGAGCAGCUGGAGCCCAGUGCAUGCCCACCCUGCAGCCUGUCACCUCACCACAGAAGCCAUGGACCCGGGGCCUCUGCUGGCCUUGCUGGUGGCCACAGCUUGGCAAGCUCAAGGGGCCCCGGUGAUAGAACCCGAUGUCACUGAGCUGGUCGUGACGCCAGGCACGAAGGUGGCCCUGCGAUGUGUGGGCAAUGGCAGCGUGGAAUGGGGUGGCCCCACCUCCUUCCCCUUCUGGACCCUGGAGGCUGAUGUCUCCGGCAGUAUCCUGACCACAAACAAUGCCACUUUCCAAAACACGGGGACCUAUCGCUGCACUGAGCCCGGAGAUCCCCUGGGGGGCAGCGCCAGCAUUCACCUCUACGUCAAAGAUCCUGCUCGGCCCUGGAAUUUGCUAGCUGAGGAAGUGACGGUGCCAGAGGGUCAGGACGCCCUGCUGCCCUGCCUGCUCACUGACCCGGCGCUGGAGCCCGGCGUCUCGCUGGGGCGAGUGCGCAAUCGGCCUGUCAUGAGCAAAACCAAGUACUCCUUCUCACCCCAGCACGGCUUCACGAUCCACCAGGCCAAGUACGUUGAGGGUCAGGAUUACGAAUGCCGCGUUCGAGUAGGCGGCAGGAUGGUGACUACGCUCGGCAUCCGUCUUAAAGUGCAGAAAGUUGUCCCUGGGCCCCCGAAUGUGACACUGGAACCUGCAGAGCUGGUGCGGAUUCAAGGAGAGGCUGCCCGGAUUGUGUGCUCAGCCAGUGACGUUGAUGUCAUGUUUGAUGUCUACCUCCAACGAGGAAACACCCAGCUCACAAUCCCGUCACACGCUGACUUCCAUGAUGGCCGUUACAAAAAAGUCCUCACCCUCAACCUCGAUCAAGUAGGCUCCCAGGAUGCUGGCAACUACUCCUGCAUAGCCACCAACACCCAGGGCAUCCACUCCACCUCCAUGGUCUUCCGGGUAGUAGAGAGUGCCUACUUGAACUUGACCUCUAAGCAGAACCUCCUCCAGGAGGUGGCUGUGGGUGAGAAGCUCAACCUCCAAGUCAUAGUGGAGGCCUACCCAGAUCUACAAGGCUUGAACUGGACCUAUGAGGGGCCCUUCUCUGACCACCAGCCCAAGCUCGAUUUUGUCACCGUCAAGGGUUCAUACAGGUACACCUCCACCCUCUCCCUGCCUCGCCUGAAGGCCUCUGAGGCCGGCCGCUACUCCUUACUGGCCAGAAACGCCGGAGGCGAGGAUGCCCUGACAUUCGAGCUCACCCUUCGAUACCCUCCGAAGGUAAGGGUCACGUGGAAGAACUCCGUCAAUGGCUCAGGUGCCAUGAUCUGCGAUGCCUCUGGGUACCCCCAGCCCAAUGUGACUUGGGUGCAGUGCAGGGGCCAUACCAACAGAUGUGAGGAGUCCCAAGUGCUGCUCGUCUCCGAGGACCCACACCCCAAGGUCCUGAGCCAGGAGCCCUUCCAUGAGGUGACUGUCCAGAGCGUGCUAGUCAUUGGGACCUUGGAACACAACAGGACGUAUGAAUGCAGGGCCCACAACAGUGCGGGGAACAGCUCUGACGCCUUCCAGCCCAUCUCUGUAGGAUAUUCCAUACAGUCCCCUGAUGAGUCCCUCUUCACACCUGUGCUGGUGGCCUGCAUGUCCAUCAUGGCCUUGCUGCUGCUGCUGCUCUUGCUGCUUCUGUACAAGUACAAGCAGAAGCCCAAGUAUCAGGUGCGCUGGAAGAUCAUUGAGAGCUACGAGGGCAACAAUUACACGUUCAUUGACCCCACCCAGCUGCCCUACAAUGAGAAGUGGGAGUUCCCCCGAAACAACCUGCAGUUCGGUAAGACCCUUGGAGCCGGAGCCUUUGGGAAGGUGGUAGAGGCCACGGCCUUUGGUCUGGGCAAGGAGGAUGCUGUCUUGAAGGUGGCUGUGAAGAUGCUGAAAUCCACGGCUCAUGCCGAUGAGAAAGAGGCCCUCAUGUCGGAGCUGAAGAUCAUGAGCCACCUGGGCCAGCAUGAGAACAUAGUCAACCUUCUGGGAGCCUGCACCCAUGGAGGCCCUGUCCUGGUCAUCACUGAAUACUGUUGCUAUGGUGACCUGCUCAACUUUCUGCGAAAGAAGGCUGAGGCCAUGCUGGGACCCAGCCUGAGUCCAGGCCAGGAUCCUGGCUACAAGAACAUCCACCUGGAAAAGAAAUAUGCCCGCAGGGACAGUGGCUUCUCCAGCCAGGGCAUGGACACCUAUGUGGAGAUGAGGCCUGUUUCCACUUCAAGUGACUCCUCUGAGCAAGACCUGGACAAAGAUGAAUGGCCACUGGAGCUGCAGGACCUGCUUCACUUCUCAGGCCAGGUGGCCCAGGGCAUGGCCUUCCUCGCUUCCAAGAAUUGCAUCCAUCGGGACGUGGCUGCCCGAAAUGUGCUACUGACCAGCGGCCGUGUGGCCAAAAUUGGGGACUUUGGACUGGCCAGAGACAUCAUGAAUGAUUCCAAUUACAUCGUCAAGGGCAACGCCCGCCUGCCCGUGAAGUGGAUGGCUCCCGAGAGCAUCUUCGACUGUGUGUACACAGUUCAGAGCGACGUCUGGUCCUAUGGCAUCCUCCUCUGGGAGAUCUUCUCACUUGGGCUGAACCCCUACCCUGGCAUUCUGGUGAACAGCAAGUUCUACAAACUGGUCAAGGAUGGAUAUCAAAUGGCUCAGCCUGCGUUUGCUCCAAAGAACAUAUAUAGCAUCAUGCAGGCAUGCUGGUCCCUGGAGCCCACCCACAGGCCCACCUUCCAGCAAAUCUGCCUCCUCCUUCAGGAACAGGCCCAAGUGGACGGCAGAGAGCAGGACUAUGCUAAUCUGCCCAGCAGUGGCAGCAGCGACAGUGGCGGCAGCAGCAGUGGCGGCGGCGGCGAGCAGGAGAGCUCUAGCGAGCAGCUGGCCUGCUGUGAGCAGGGGGACAUAGCCCAGCCCUUGCUGCAGCCUAACAACUACCAGUUCUGCUGAGGUGACGGCAGGAAGCACUGUCCCUCCUGAGCUUCAACUCCUCCGUGGAUGGGGCUCCACAGGGAGAACACAGACUCUGCUCUGGUCAUUUCACUCAACAGCCCAGCCCAGCUCUGAAACUCAGGAUGUGGGGACCCAUGAGAGAUCAGAGAGGACCCCACUUCCAGAGCCUGGGUCAUCACUGCCAGUCAGGGGCUGGGGCUGAGCCCUUCCCCUCCCACUGUUCUCAACGCUGCGGCUGCACGUUCGCUAUGCCAACUGGGAGAACCCCCGGCACACCCUCUUAACCUUGUUCCCAUUUCCAGGAACCCCUCCUCUACCCCUCUCCUGUCCCAAUGUAAAUGGACUAGUUUUACACCUUGUGUUGGGAAGUCCCCAGGAGCUGUCCCAACAUCAAGAAAACAAUGCUCCUGGGCCUUAGAGUGGAGGGACUCACCUCCCUCUCCCUGCAACCAAAUGGAGCAGCACGAGCAGACAGAUGCCCAGAGGAGACACCAGGCUGAGACCUUUGGAGCGGGGUGGCUCCUCUGUAAGCAUUUAACUGUAUCCCCGAGCCUCUGCCCUCUAGUUUUCUCUCCACAGCCCCCAUCCCACCCUGGAUCUGGUACUGCUAUAAUGAGCCAGGUGGCAGCUAAAAGUUUGGGGUGUUCUACCCAGUCCCCCCGUCAUCCUGAACUGGAAGGCAGGGGACCCGUGUGGCUGGCCACACCAAGCAAGCAGCACGCACUUCCCCAAGUUGACUCAUCGUAACUAACAGUCACGCUGCGGGAUAUGCCGCUG